CUUGAAAUCUAGGUUCCGUAUUUCAAAAUGAAAAAUAAAUUCCUAGAAGCAUAUAAUGAAAUUUCAUGCUGAAGGGCGGAAUUUUUAUUUGCGUGGCGUCAUUGUCUAGACAUAUUGGAAUUCUUCUAAAAAUCCUAAUAUCUGGUUGUGUAAAAACCAAAAAACGGAAAACAAUUGAGCAAACCAAUACUAUUCAAAUAUUCUUUCUCAAAUCUUUGUUAAGAAUUUCCCAAGAAAGAUGUUUAAUUGUUUUGUCAUGCGUGGUGCAACUGCAUUCUAAGCGCGAUGCUGCAUGAUAAAGAUAAGAAACGCGUCGGACUUAUAACAGAGGAAACCAUUUUUGGCUGGUUCACUUUCAGCAAGCUACGUUCACUGCACAGACAUAGCAGACUAUCGUGUCGACUCCUCUCCCCUAAAGUUUUCUAAACAAAGUAAGUGUAACUAACCAAGUAAAAUCGAGAAAAGAUACGUUAUGACUAGCGCAGUCAGACAAAAUGUUGUCGAUUCAGACGUUGAACUAGAUCGCAAAAAUGUGAUCGGUCAAAGUAGAAAAGCUAUCAUUUUUGGAGGCACUUUUGGAGGCCAAACUCAAGUGGUCAUAAAGCGUAUCAUGACUUCAGAUUUGCAUCCUUACUGGGAGAAGAUAACAGCUGGCGAGAGCUUCAACAAACUAGCAGCAUUACAUCAUCCGAACGUUCGGCAAGUUAUAGGCGUCUACGACGACGACAACUUUCGGUAUCACGUUAUGGAAUUGUGCGUCGCAAGUAUUUUUGAUUACUGUUGCGACACGUACAAAGGUGAAGUGCCUAGCCAGGGGGAUGGCAUUUUUCAGAUGAUCAGCGGAUUACAUUAUAUCCAUUCACAGGGAUUCAUUCAUCGUAGUAUCAAGCCGGAAAACGCCCUCAUUUCACCAUCGAUUCAGAUUAAAAUAUCAGAUUUCGGGUUGACGAUGCCCGUAUCCGCUAACGCUAGUUUCUCCAUGAGUAGUAGUCAAAGGACUUCACUCGAAAUGCAAGCACCUGAACUUCUUCAGAAUGAGGAAGAUAAUUCCAGUGUAGAGAAAAGUGAUGCCAGACAUAAUGUAGCCAGCGAUUCCUUCUCGCUCGGGUGUCUGUUGUACAGUUUUCUGACUAAAGGAGAUCAUCCAUUUCUCAGUGGAGGAUCCCGUCAUUUUGUCCCUCUUAACAUCAUCGAAGGGAAAUACAGCUUGGCUUCUUUAGGAGAACAACAUUUUGCUGUGGCCAUCAUCGAAAAAUUAAUCAAGAGAGAACCACAUGAAAGGAUGAAAUUGGAUGAGGCGUUGACAUUGCUAGAGCCGCAAAUUUCACGUGCUUAAAUUUUUCUUUCGUUGCUCGGUGUAUUUUGUUUCAGUAUUCACAAAUAUACUUUUUUGAAGGAAA